GCCGCGUACCAGGUUUAACGGUAUUAAAGCCACAAAUGCAUCGCCAUAGAAGUGGGCUGUAGGCAGGUGGGCAGCAAUCAGCAGUAGAACAAUCCAACCCGAAGGCAGGAGCCCCUCAUUCUGACCGCGUAUCCGUUGUAUGCUUGGGAAAGGACCUAUCCUUAUUUUUUUUUCCCCUUUGAUAGUUGAAGCUCGGCGAAAAAAAGCGCCUCCCCCUAACGUCGCCAACUUUCACUCAUAAACCGCCGUUUCUUUUUCCCCUUCACUUCUUUUUCAAUCCUCCUUCCAACCAUACCUACAGAUAUCCUCACAUCCAAGAAAAGCAAUCAUGUCGUGGCAAGCCUACGUUGACUCCAGCCUCGUUGGCAGCGGUCACCUUGACAAAGGUGCUAUCAUUAGUGUAGCGGGUGACAGCGUCUGGGCUACAUCCGCUGGAUUUACGAUCAAGCCCGAGGAGAUGAAGAACAUCGUUGCCAUCUUGACCCAAAGCGGUGGCGCUAAAGAUAAAGCUUUCGCGGAUGGCCUUCACGUUGAUGGCGAGCGAUACGUGCUUGCCCGUGCCGAGGAUCGAAGUCUCUAUGCACGACAGGGACGAACCGGUAUCAUUGCUGUCAAGACGAAGCAAGCGAUCAUCGUCGGUCACCAUGGCGAAGCCCAAAUCGCUGGUAACGCGACCCAGACCACCGAGGCGCUGGCGGACUACCUCAUCAAGGCUGGAUACUAAGCGGUAUUUGUUGAACCGGGUCCUAUACGUGCCUAGUUGAGGAGGAGCAGUAGACAAGACAGUGCAUACCCGUCUGCGAGAUAUGCCGGGCUGGUUAAGGAGAGCAAGCAUGCUUGCUGUUUCUGAGGACUGCAGACGAGGGGGUUAGGAGAGUUUACCAAAUUUCCUGUUCAUGAUGACAUACUACUACGACGGCGGCUGAGACUGUUUUGUCGUCUUUUUUCCGGGACACAUCAUCCUGCCGUUUUUUUCCACCCCUAGAUUCUGCAUAGGCAAAAUGAACAAUGGCCUUUUUUCUUCAUAUGUAGAAAAUGAACCUAUAUGAAACACACUUCU